GGGUGUGUGGGCACUCUAGAUAUCAAGGUACUUAGCUACAAACAUUAGUUUACAAACUGAACGCCACGAAAAUAAAAAAUCUAAUGUGUAUAAACUAACUGCCUAGUUAAAUAGUUAAUUGAUAAUUAAAUUAAUUAUAGAAUUUAUAGAACAUUUGGAUUAGAUACCUCUAUAUACAUACCCGCUAUUAAGCUGCUAAAGUGAUGUGUGAAGGAUGUGAUUCAAGUGUAGUGCACGCUAACUAGGACAUUAAAUCAUGACACUCAAGAUUAUCGGAAAAAUGUUGAUGGAGCAUCGUAAUACGCGAUGGUAGCGUGUGAGUUGGACGGUGAGACGUCAGCCGAGGUGCUCGGCUGGAGACUGCCGCCGUGGCAGGCCCUGCUGGUCCACCGGGUGCUGCCGGCCUGUGGAGGGCUCGUGGUAUACCUACUGGUUAUGUGCUUUGACAUUACCAUCGUCAUCACACGGUUUAUGGAUGGAAAUACUGGACUAGCAGUCACCAGCCUCAUCCUGAUUGUGCUCCCAGCACUCCUUAGCCUGGUGUUCACCCUGGCCUCGCCUCCGGCUCUGCUUGUGGACGAUAGAGCUGACUCCACAGAACAGACACAAACAAUUGACUGCUGCUGGGUUAUGACACAGAUUCUCAAUUUAUUCGUGUUUCCUGUCGCUGCUAUUUCAAGAUACAUGUACGAAAUAUUCUGGUGGACAGAAGCGGUGUUCGCGUCUCUGUACCAGGACGAGGCUCGCACCAAGCAGGCCGUGGCGCUGGCGCGGGCUCCGUCUCCCCUGGAGCUCUACCUGUUCCUGCAGGCCUUCGUACACGCCGCCCCUCACGCCAUCAUCAACAUCGUCGUACUGAUGACUGACACGCAGAUGGACUAUGACUCAGUUUCCUUACAAGCAAUCAGUAUUGUAGCGUCUUCUCUUCGCAUGGCCAGCACUGCGACGGUUUACAGACGAUUCGAAAGAGAAAAAGAAUGCGGACGAAAAUAUCCGUGGAGCUACAACAGAGCCAUACAAGAUAACGAAGCCAAUGAGCAUAUCGAAAACCAUAAUAAAGCAGCGGAAGAAAAUAUUUAUGAAACUAUUCUUCCCAGAAAUCGCCCAGCGCCAACGCCAUAUUUAAACGGAAACAGAAAAUAUAACAGCAAUCUUAUACAAUUUUCUCCCAGCGUCAGAGGAGAUUCAGGCGCUUUCUUUGAUUCUGCAUCAGAAACAGACUCUGACUACUUGGUACCAAUACCGCGAAGCCAAAAUAUCAUAUCUGAAGCGAAUAGCGAUGACGACACCGGUCGACCUAAGUCCAUAAUAGAUCGAGUAGCACCUCGGAGGAACACGGAAUACACGAUUCAGGAUGUAGAGAUCAUGCCGCCUCCAGCCAUGCCGGCUCCUAGACUGACGCUCUCUGAUUGGGCUGAAAAAAUGGUAGAGAACAUGGAGUCCAUACCUGAUUGGCUAUCCGCUCCUCCGCGAUACAAGACUAACCACUACGAAGUAGUAAGAGAUGAGCCCGACAUACCGCGCCGAGUGUCCCGAAGAUUCGUGACUGGCUUAGAACCUCAAGACGCGGCGGCCUCCUUAGUUCAUUUCCUGGGCUGGUACAUGUUCUUCAUCUCUCGUCUGUUGUCAAUAUCCGCCUUCAUCGUGUUCCAUCCGAUAGCGGCCAUUGUGAUUUUGUUCUCGCACUACCAGAUCAUGCUGCUGCUUCUGAUAGUGCCGCAAGCCAGUACGGUGCGGAGGAGUUUUUAUAUAUUUUUGGCGUUUGUUUAUUUGUUUUGUCUGAUGGAGCUGAAGGUGCGGUUCCGGCACGUGCGCGCGUGGCACGCGGGCUGGCUGGUGGCGAAGUCGGCGCAGACCCUGGUGUUCACCGCCGUGUGGGCCGCCGUCGACAACCCGCUCAGCGCCUGGUGGCGGGACUACGUCGUCCUCGUCAUAUUCUCCAGUCUACUCCUGAGCUAUAUGUGUUUGUUAGUGUAUUUUGUUCUGUUAAAGCCGAAGGAAACUAUUGUUUACAUUGAUGAGGGUAAAAAGUUUCGUGCGUGAAUGUGAUUAUUUAUUUAAGCUACUGUUAGCUGCAAUUGUGUAAACAUAACUGUGAUAAGCAUUAGGAACAUUUGUUAACCGUGUUUCAAUAGAAUUUCAUAAUAUCAAAAAUACAAUCGUAUACGCCCUAUGAAAACAAGGAAAUGAU